AAGCAAUUUGUGCAAUGCACCAACUCACCCAUAAUUGAUCUUCUCUCGCGUCCACGAAAAGUUUGAACAGUUCUCUCUUACCUCUUUUUUAGUAUGUCCUUAAAGAAAAGAGCUAGAGCGAAUUCUGUGGUUCAAGAAAAUGAUGAAAAUGCGUCACGCAUGAAUGGAUCAUACGAACCUGCAGCAGAAGCAACUCCAUCUUCACAUCUUGCUGAAAGUGGAAAGUGGAAGGAAUCAAUUGCUCGUGUAGUCAGGUGCGUUGUUUCUAUCCGAUUUAGUCAGGUUGCUUCUUUUGACACAGAUGAAUCUGGCACUGGAGAAGCCAGUGCGUUCAUUGUGGAUGCUAAAAAUGGUUAUAUGUUGACCAACCGACACGUAGUGUGUGCUGGCCCCUUUGUUGGACAUGCAAUUUUGGAUAAUCACGAAGAAGUUGAGGUAUAUCCCGUUUAUCGUGACCCAGUCCAUGAUUUUGGAUUUCUGCGGUUUGACCCCAAACGAAUUCGUUACAUGAACGUUGAACAAUUGGAAUUACGUCCCGACUUGGCCAAAGUAGGAGCAGAAAUCCGCGUAAUUGGUAAUGAUGCUGCUGAAAAGCUGAGUAUUCUUGCUGGUUGGAUUUCCAGAGUUGAUCGUAAUGUUCCCGACUAUGGUGAGUUAACGUACUGUGACUUUAACACAAACUAUAUUCAAGCUGCUGCCAAUGCCAGCGGUGGCUCAAGUGGAAGUCCAGUCGUGGAAAGGAACGGGAAUGUGGUUGCUUUACAAGCAGGCGGCCAUAUGAUCGCAGCAACGGAUUACUUUUUACCAUUGGAUCGGCCAUUACGUGCUUUACGAUGCCUUCAGAAUAAGAAACCUAUUACUAGGGGUAGUAUUCAAGCCCAAUUUUUGAUUAAGCCUUUUGACGAAUGCUCUCGAUUAGGAUUGGAUACGGCUAUUGAAGAACAAGUGAGAGGUCUUUUCCCCGGUGCGACAAGCAUGUUGGUCGUGGAAACGGUGCUUCCAGAAGGACCUUCUCACAACAAAUUACACGAGGGUGAUAUCCUUCUUCAUCUGAAUUCAAAAUACUUAAUCGAUCUCAUAGAGCUAGAAAGCAUCUUAGAUGAAUCCAUUGGUCAAGACAUCGUACUUACCGUUCAACGUGGAAACAACAAAGUCGACGUCACCUGUCGAGUCCAGAGUACUCAUGAUAUUGCUCCAGAUAGAUACGUAGAAGUUUGUGGUGCAAAGUUUCAUAACCUUUCCUAUCAACUUGCUCGUCAAUAUGCCUUACCAGUAAAAGGCGUUUUCAUUAGUGAGCCAGCUGGUUCUUUCCGUCUGGAAGGUCCAGAGUACUGUUAUUUGCUUGAAAGUGUAGCGUAUAAACCCGUCCCCAACUUAGAUGCCUUCAUUGAAGUUAUGAAGACCAUUCCUGAUCGAUCACGUGUUGCCGUUGGAUAUCGUUUUAUUCACGACAAACACUCUUUAAUCACGGAUGUCAUUGAAGUUGACCGUCAUUGGGCUAAAGCUUUUCGUUUAGCUACCAGAAAUGACGAAACUGGUUUCUGGGAUUUUCAAAAUCUUGGUGAUCCUUUGCCUGCAAAACCCAACGUUCCGUGUACCACAUCUAUCCCCAAACUAAAUGUGGAGAAUUUUGGCCCGACCGCCGAUAUAAAUAAUUGCUUUGUCAAGAUUACUUAUUAUAUGCCCAUUCAUUUGGACGGUUAUCGAAAAAGUAGAAAACAAGGAACAGCCUUGGUGUUGGAUAAAGAUAAUGGUAUUGCUGUGACAAGUCGAUGCACUGUUCCUUAUGCUUUGGGGGAUUUGACGAUUACAGUUGCUGAUUCUAUACAGAUUCCAGCUGAGGUUUUACAUCUCCACCCAACCCAAAAUUUAACUUUUAUUAAAUACGAUCCGAAAUUGUUGGGAGAAACACCUAUUAAGGCUGCCGAGUUACGCAACUACUAUGUCUCUCAAGGUGAUAACGUAAAUUUCUUUGGAUUUAAUUCCAAAUCUAGAGUUGUUGCUACGAGAACUUCUGUCACUGACGUUAUCACUAUGGUUAUUCCUCCAAAUCCGAUGCCGCGAUUCAGAGCUGUUAACUUUGAGUCAAUAACUAUUGAAUCUGGUCUGGGAUCACAGUGUGGAUCCGGUGUCUUAACAGAUGACGAAGGAAAAGUUGUUGCUCUUUGGCUUACUCAUUAUGGUGAGCAGACAAGUCGCGGUACCGAUGUAAAAUAUCAUCUUGGUUUGGCGUCUCCGGUGGUUUUAACAACCCUAAAACGACUACAGAAUAAGGUUAACCCACAUAUCAGAAUAUUAAAUGUAGAGUUCCGUGCUAUUCAAUUAGCUCAUGCAAGAAGUAUGGGAUUGUCUGCCGAACGCAUUCAGCAAAUCGAAACUGCAAACGAAAAGCGCCAUCAACUCUUUAUGAUUACUCAUGUUGAAGCAAACACUCCUCGUGUUUUGACUGAUGGAGACGUUAUAUUAAGCGCUAAUGGGAAGCCUGUAACACGUGUUCAGGAUAUUGAAGCCGAAGAUGUUGAAGAAAUUGAAAUGGAUAUUCUUCGUGAAGGAAAAGAAAUGAGUAUUAAGGUACCGACGUUCUCUACGGAAAACUGUGAAACAAAUAGGGUAAUAAUAUGUUGGGGUGCUACUAUUCAAGCUCCGCACAGAGCUGUUCGUCUCCAAAGCGAAGGUUUACCAUCAAACGUAUUUGUCACAAAUCGCAGUAGAGGCUCGCCUGCUGAUCAAUAUGAUUUGGGUAUUGCUCAAUUCAUCACUGCCAUUAAUGGUAUUCCUACUCUGGAUCUUGAGAGUUUCGUUCGUGAAGUUCGCAAAGUUCAGGACAAUUCAUAUGUGAGAGUGAGCACAGUAACAUUUGAUAAAGUACCCGUUAUUUUGACUAUUAAAAUGAAUGAACACUAUUUCCCCACGCUUGAUUUGGUGCGUGACUCUAAUAGUGAGGUUGGUUGGCGUGCAGUUCAAUAUGACGAGGGAGGUGAAGAAGAUAAUCCUUCAAUGGGCUUGGUCAUUGAAGAAGACGUGGAUACCAAUUCUGCUGCUGCAGAUUAAAAAAAGUUGUGUUUUGUAAAGUUCAUGCGCGAGACUCAACUACACUACCAAUACGAAUUUAAGUUUUUGUCAUUUACCUAAACUUCUACUCAAAAAAUUUUGAAUAAGAGAUUAUUUAUUUGGGCUCAUGAAAUAUGAAAAUAACAUUUUAAAGUAAAGCAGAAGCUUUGUUUUCAAUCAGUAGAUCAACAACUGUUCCCAUAUUCUUGAUGACCUCCAAAGCAGCCUCAUAAGUUUUAUCUUGUUGUGGUUCAUCAAAGACAAUUAAGAUACCGCUACCUUGAUCAAGAAUUCCAUAAAACACUUUGUCUAAGAUCAUUUGACUAAGCUUUCCUUCAACCUGUACGGUAGAGAGACCAAUUACAUUGGCAAUGUGUGAAACUUCGAUACGACUGUAUGGUUCCACGACGCGAAGCAAGUUUUGUUCUAGGAGGUUAUCAUAUAAAGUACUUAGGUGGGAACGGAUGAUAGGAUCAGAGGCCAAUUCUUGCUUGAAAUCUUGCAAGGCCUUUUCAAAGUCAGCAAGAGAACGAUUUUCGUGAGCUUGAGCAACAGCACGCAUGGCCUCUAUGUCUCUUCCGGAAUAUUUUGCAGAGUGCUUCCCUGUUAACAAAGAUUUUACUUCAGAAAUAGAG